CUGCCUGCCUGCAGGGACACUUCCUAAGGGCAGCACCAACAGUGCCCGCCGCCCCUUGCACCCCUUUGCUCUGGCUUAUUGGCUUGUUAACACACCUCUGAUACCUGUUCCCGCUCCUGAGCCCCCAAAACCGCAGCUCAGCUGUCCCCAGACAAUACAUGUAACUUACUCCCACCUUGCACGGACUUCAAGAAUUCUCCACCACUGCCACAUAAAAUGCAAGCUCCUCAUUCAGUCACUCAAGGCUCCAGAAUCUGUCCUUAGCAUCCUCCUCCUCAGCAGCUACAACUCGUCAGGCCCUCCUUGGAGCAGGUUCUGCUGUCUUGGUUUUAGGGAGUACCCUAUACAGCGAACAGCCCCUCCGCGUGCUGCAGUCGGGGGAAGAUUUCCAUCGCCUCGGUGGUUUUGCAGAAUGCCGGUGCAGCUAACGACAGCCCUGCGUGUGGUGGGCACCAGCCUGUUUGCCCUGGCGGUGCUGGGCGGCAUCCUAGCAGCUUAUGUGACAGGCUACCAGUUCAUUCACACGGAGAAGCACUACCUGUCUUUCGGCCUGUAUGGGGCCAUCCUGGGCCUGCAUCUGCUCAUCCAGAGCCUGUUCGCUUUCCUGGAGCACCGGCGGAUGCGGCGGGCUGGCCGGCCGCUGAAACUCCCGGUGCCGUCGCGGUCGCGGCGCUCGGUGGCACUCUGCAUCGCCGCCUACCAGGAGGACCCCGACUACCUGCGCAAGUGCCUGCGCUCAGCCCAGCGCAUCGCCUUCACUGACCUCAAGGUGGUUAUGGUGGUGGAUGGCAAUCGCCAGGAGGAUGCCUACAUGCUGGACAUCUUCCACGAGGUGCUAGGGGGCACUGAGCAAGCUGGUUUCUUCGUGUGGCGCAGCAACUUCCAUGAGGCGGGGGAUGGGGAGACGGAGGCCAGCCUGCAGGAGGGCAUGGACCGUGUGCGGGAUGUGGUGCGAGGCAGCACCUUUUCGUGCAUCAUGCAGAAAUGGGGAGGCAAGCGAGAGGUCAUGUACACGGCUUUCAAGGCUCUUGGCGAUUCGGUGGACUACAUCCAGGUGUGUGACUCUGACACCGUGCUGGAUCCGGCCUGCACCAUCGAGAUGCUUCGAGUCCUGGAGGAGGACCCCCAAGUAGGGGGAGUUGGAGGAGAUGUCCAAAUCCUCAACAAGUAUGACUCGUGGAUCUCCUUCCUGAGCAGUGUGCGGUACUGGAUGGCCUUCAAUGUGGAGCGGGCCUGCCAGUCCUACUUUGGCUGUGUGCAGUGCAUUAGUGGGCCUCUGGGCAUGUACCGCAAUAGCCUCCUCCAGCAGUUCUUGGAGGACUGGUACCAUCAGAAGUUCCUAGGCAGCAAGUGCAGCUUUGGAGAUGACCGCCACCUCACCAACCGGGUCCUGAGCCUCGGCUACCGGACUAAGUAUACAGCGCGCUCCAAGUGCCUCACAGAGACGCCCACCAAGUACCUCCGGUGGCUCAACCAGCAGACGCGCUGGAGCAAGUCCUACUUCCGGGAGUGGCUCUACAACUCUCUGUGGUUCCAUAAGCACCACCUCUGGAUGACCUACGAAUCAGUGGUCACAGGUUUCUUCCCCUUCUUCCUCAUUGCCACAGUAAUACAGCUUUUCUACCGAGGCCGCAUCUGGAAUAUUCUCCUCUUCCUGCUGACAGUGCAGCUGGUGGGCAUUAUCAAGGCUACCUAUGCCUGCUUCCUUCGGGGCAACGCAGAAAUGAUCUUCAUGUCCCUCUAUUCCCUUCUCUAUAUGUCCAGCCUCCUGCCAGCCAAGAUCUUUGCCAUUGCUACCAUCAACAAGUCUGGCUGGGGCACUUCUGGCCGAAAAACCAUCGUGGUGAACUUCAUUGGCCUCAUCCCCGUGUCCAUCUGGGUGGCAGUCCUUCUAGGGGGGCUGGCCUAUACAGCUUAUUGCCAGGAUCUAUUCAGUGAGACAGAGCUAGCCUUCCUGGUUUCUGGGGCCAUCCUGUACGGCUGCUACUGGGUGGCCCUCCUCAUGUUGUAUCUGGCCAUAAUUGCCCGGCGAUGUGGGAAGAAGCCAGAGCAGUAUAGCUUAGCUUUUGCUGAGGUGUGACACAGCCCCCCAAGCAGAGUGGGAAAAGUGCAAUGGGUAAGGGAGGGAAGGGGAAUGGAAGAGAAAAGAUGGGGUGGGAGGGAGGAGGGUGUGCUGUUUUAGUGUAUUAAUGGUCCAAAGGACAAGUCUGCAGUGCAAAGAACGGUGACUGUACUAUAUGGUCUGGGGCAGUUCUGCUUACAGGAGACACCACCAUUCCAGCUCAGGGGGCACAGACUUGUUUUCACACCAUCCAUCUGCUUGCCUCUGCAUGCGUGGUGGCCUCUAGGAAAGAUUCCACCGGCUUCCCCAGGAUCCAAAGGGAACCCAGAAGUGUGCUAAACCAUUUAGUUCCAAUCAGUGGCAACUUCUGAUAGGUAAGUGACAGCCUGUGGCAAGGGGUUCUCCUACACAAUCUGAACACAACUAGAGGUGGUGGGAGAACUCCUGAGAUCUGGACCAGCUAGUAAUGUGUCCCCACCCCCAUCCCCAAAUCUAGCUAUCAAUGCAAUAAGAUUGUGCCUAAGAUACAAGGCCCAGAAGCCUGAUCUUUGGGCAUCAGAAAACAGGGUCCAGGAAUGGUGCUUUAUUAUGGGACAUACUCCAUUCCACAUCUCCACAUCCCAAGGAUGAGCUACACUAGCAGGGAGUUGGCACUGAAUUGCUUUUGAGUGUGUAUAUGUAUCUGUGUUAGAAACUAAAGUCAGCCAGGAGGAACAAAGAUUGGUGGUGGUGCUAAAGGCCAGGGCCUGUAAGGAGGUCUUGGGCCGAGUGUGUCUCACCUGGAAACUGCCUGACAUCUAGAUGAGCUUGUCUGAUCUCUGCUGGGGAGAGGAAAUGAGGGCUCAGGAAUUUCAUCCUGUAUACUUCUGAAUUCCUCUCUCAAACUCCAAUGAGUCUAAGAGAGUCUCCUCCCUUUGCUUUCUUCGAGGUGAUGCAGUCACCUCUUCCAUCUUUCUCAUUGGUUAAGUUUUUCAAGGUGGCAACUGAGGCAGAGCCUGGGUCUCACAGGCCCCUCUGCCACAGGCACCCCUACCCUCAGCAGGUGGGGGAAAAACGGAUUAGGAGCCUUUGACCAAAUUAACUACAAUCUUGGAAUUGCUUGGACAGAUUCCUCAGCAGCUGGCUAAGCGUGCAUGACUUUCAGGCUACAGUUCUUGACAAUCAUCUCCAGGGAAAGCUUUUCAGUAUUCCCUAAGUGAAGCCUCAAAUCCAAGCUGGUCAUCUUUGAGACUGUGCAUUAUCCUCAGUGGCUUCUCCAGGGAAUUCUUAGAGCCAAGUCAUUAUUGCACUUGCUUGCUUUUUCCCAGAAACCAAACUCAGAGAUGGAAUUGGUUCCCAAAUCCUAAGGUUCUUCCUUUCUCUCUCAUGCCCCUUGAGGCUUUCUCUUCUGCUUUUUGGGGGGCAAGAGGGAAGGCAUUUUCUAGAGCUUUGCAAUCUAGACUAUUCUCAGCUCUUGGGUUUGAAACCUGGGAUCGCGACUAAGCCUUUGACUUAGUGGAUACUUGCUUGCAUGCGUGCCUGCUCGCCCUCUCCAAAUGUCCAUUCUCAGCAGGGCCUGCUAAGCCCUCAGAACCAGCACUAAGGUAGACAAGGACUUGAGGGGGCAAGCCUCUAGUGUGCCCAGGUGCUUCCUGCAAAGGAACAAAGUGUGCUCUGAGCCACGGAUUGGCAAACCCUGGUGCUUUCUUUCAUCUCCCAUGAACACAAGGGUUUUCUAGGUGCAGCCAACACCGUUGCAUCACAUACACCUCGAGCUUCUGGUAAGACUGCUGGGUGGUGUUGGGCCUGACCCAUUAAGGCUAGAAGAGGCAGCAGGCAUUUACUAAAGGCAGUUGUUCAGGCUCUUCCGUGUUUUUGCUGGCCAAGUAAACUAUUUUGAGCACUACAAUGGAGGAAAUCCGGUCAGCCAACUGCAGAGCUCAGACUUCACUAAGGGCUUGUUUUUCUUCAGCUUUUACUUGAAGGUGAAGGUAGGAUAGACUCCUGGAUGGAAAACUCCUCGUUGUCCUACCGUCAGCUCUGCCUUGCACUGUGGUUAUCAACUUUGCUCAAAUCAAGAGUAGGCAGGUACAAGUAGUGGGCUCACAACGUUUGACCUCGACUGGUUUUUCUAAGUUAUUUUGUACCUUUUUCAGCAGCGAAACCAAACUGGGUCUUCAGCUUUAUCCCCAUUUCUUGCAAGGGAAGAGCCUUUAUACAACUGGACACAUUUUGGUUUUUCCUCAUUGAGAAUUUUAACCCUUUUGUAUUCUUUCUACAAUAAUUUGUAAACAUAUUUAUUUUUACUUUUUUUUUUUUUUUUUU